AUGUCUACCGACUGGAAAGACUUGCCCGUUGCGCCAUGGCUGAUCGACACCAUGGAGCAGUUCGGAUUCACCGAUAUGACCCCUGUCCAAGCUUCAGUCAUCCCCAUGUUUGCAGGAAACAAGGACGUGAUUGUCGAGGCAGUCACUGGCUCAGGAAAGACCAUUGCCUUCCUAGUUCCUCUGAUCCAGCGAAUGCUGAAUCUGCUGAAGGAAGGACCGGCUGUUUCUGGCCGAGUGUACUCUGUGGUCGUCUCUCCUACCCGGGAACUUGCCCGACAGACAUAUGAAGUGCUGCAGUCCAUUCUGGAGAUGGGAUGUCCUGAAGCCGAUGCUAGCGACAAAAUCACCCUGGAGAAGAAGAAGAAGGGAAAGGCCGCCCCCACCAUGCCCAAGAAGAUCCGAGGCCAGCUGAUCAUGGGUGGAGAUCUUCCAUCUCAUAUGGAUCUGAAGAACUUCCUUAGAGACAAGCCUCAGAUCAUUGUUGCCACUCCUGGCCGAUUGCUCGAGCUGUUGCGUGCUCCCCAAAUCAAGACAUCCGCAUUUGACUCUCUGGUCCUGGACGAGGCCGACCGGCUUCUCGACCUCGGCUUUGGACGAGACAUUACAUCCAUCAUCAACAUUCUCCCCAAACAGCGAAGAACAGGACUUUUCUCUGCUACAAUCACAGACGCCAUCCAGAACCUGGUCAAAAUUGGUCUACGAAAUCCCGUCAAGAUUGUCGUCAAGGUUGGCGGUAAGAAGGAACAGAAGACCCCGCUUUCGCUGGGUCUCUCUUACGUUGUUCUGGAGCCUCGCGAGAAGCUGGCCUACGCUCUCAAUCUGCUCAGUAUCUACCCCUACAGAAAGGCCAUUGUUUACUUGCCCACAUGUGCAGCUGUGACAUACUACCAGCAAAUGUUUUCACAUCUCAACGAGGGCAGGGAAGAACCCUAUGAGAUCUACGGUCUUCAUGGAAAACUGCCAUCAUCUACUCGAAUCAAGAUUCUCAACAAGUACCAAAAGACUGGAGCGCAAGCCAUCUUGAUGACUACAGAUAUCGCUGCCAGAGGUCUUGAUAUUCCCGAGGUUGAUCUUGUUGUCCAGCUUGAUCCUCCUUCUGAUGCUGACACCUUCCAGCAUCGAUGUGGACGAGCCGGUCGAGCUGGAAGACAGGGCCAGGCUAUUGUACUUUUGCAUAAGGGACGAGAGGAGGAAUACGUGGACCUCAUGAGAGUCCGAAAGGUGAAGCUGCGACCAUACACCGGACCUGGGUCGGAGCUGGAAGGAGAGAAACUGGAUCAGGAGGCUACGGAACUGUACACCAAGCUGAGAAAGUGGGUGCUCGAAGACAGACAACGCCAUGACCAGGCUCUUCUUUCGUUUGUGUCCUUUGUCCGGUUCUACUCCAAGCAUGUUGCCCAGUCCAUUUUCCGAAUCCAGUCACUGGAUCUGCCUGGGCUGGCAGCCUCUUACGGCCUGUUGCGCCUGCCUAAGAUGCCUGAGCUGCGAACCAAGGACAACGAGAGACCUGAAAACACAUGGCUGGGCGAGGUGAUUGACUUCGACACAUACUCGUACAAGAACCCCGCCAAGGAGGAGGCCCGACUCAAGGAGCUGGAGGCACACAAGGAAGCCAUGAAGAACAAGGUCAAGAUCCACAAGACCAAGAACGACGUCCAGAAGGCCAACCGAGCCUGGUCCUCCACGCUUCAGAAGAAGGAGGAGAAGUCUGAGCGUCACCAGAAGAAGCAGACACGUAUCAACGAGAAAAUCAAGCGGGACUUUGAGGAGGCCAAAGAUCUCAAGCAGGAGGAGUCCAAGGAGGUUGUUAACGACUGGAAGGACAUGGUCAAGAAGAGCAAGAAGCGCAAGGUCGAUCUGCCUACCUUUGACGACCUGUAA